AUGGUUGCAAACCGCCACCUGCCCGUGUCUCCUUGGGGUCCGGCCGUCGCUGCGGGCCAGGGGCUGCACUGCGAGCAGGGAGAAGAGCUCGGGGAGCCGCCCCCGCCGCCCCCGCCAGUUCCCAGUCUGGCCGGCUAUCCCCAAAAACUGGCCGAGGUGCUGAGCAGCCAGUACGGGCUGAAUGUAUUCGUGGCAGGGUUGCUGCUAGUGUUCGCCUGCGCAGUGCACGCCACGGGCAUCAGCAAGGGCGACCUUCUCUCCUACCUCAUUACCCUCAUGCUCAUUCAGCUCCUGUGGAUGCUGUGGUACGUGAGCCGGAGCUUUACGCAGCGGAGGCUCAUCCAGGAGAAGGACACUUACGCCGGGGCGCGCUGGCUCAGGGGCAGUAUCACGCUUUUUGCCGCCAUCACCAUUGUUCUAGGUUGCUUUAAAAUUGGAUACUUUGUUGGGUUUGCGGAAUGCCUAUCAGCAACGGAAGGAGUUUUUCCAGUUGCCCAUUCAAUACAUACUCUCUCACAGGUAUAUUUCCUUUGGGGGCAUGCAAAGGAUAUUAUCCAGUCUUUCAAAACACUUGAAAGGUUCGGCUUGAUCCAUUCUGUAUUCACAAAUUUACUCCUCUGGGCUAAUGGUGUCCUGAAUGAGUCAAAGCACCAACUCAACGAGCAUAAGGAAAGGCUAAUGACUCUUGGCUUUGGAAACAUAACAAUAGCCUUAGAUGACCACACACCUGACUGUAAUUGUACAUCCACUGCUCUCUGCUCCACUAUCUCACAAGGAAUCUAUUAUCUCUAUCCUUUCAACAUAGAGUAUCAUAUUUUGGCCUCCACAAUGUUCUACGUCCUCUGGAAAAACAUUGGACGCAAAGUUGAAACUCACCAGCAUCCAAAAAUCCAAUUUAAGUUCCAUGGUGUGAUGAUGGGCACAGUUGUAGGUCUGACAGUACUGGCCACCACAAUUGCCAUUGCUGUAGUCUACUUGAUCCAGAUUGGGUGUUCAAAGACAAAGAGUGAGUUUGCACUCAUCAUGUUUUACGUAUAUGCUACAGCCUCAUUGAUGGUGAUGGUCAUUGUUGGCAUUGUAGGAGUUUGGAUUUAUAGGACAGAAGAGACAUCAUUGGAUGAGUCCAAAAAUCCUGUCCGGAAGCUUGACUCAGACCUCUUGAUAGGAACUGCAUCGGGGUCCUGGCUUAUUUCUUGGGGAUCCAUCUUGGCCAUUAUCUGUGCUGACAAGCGCCCUACAUACACAUGGUACAGCCUGCCUUAUUCUAUCCUUGUGAUUCUGGAGAAAUAUAUUCAAAACCUUUUCAUCAUUGAAUCCAUACAUCGCAAGCCUGAGAAAUAUAAUGAAGACAAGACUCUUAGGGUCAUGGCCAUAUGCAAUAGGAAUUCCACUCCACUCACUCCUUCAUGUCAAAAGAAUUGUGGUAUGGCAGGAGAUGCUGCUUCCAACAGCAGAGAAUUGUCAUACAUGUUCAAUGGAAGUAUUUGCUUGAGAGAAGACUAUAUGACAGAUAGCAGAGAACAGAACCAAGAAUACAACCCAGUUAUAAACUGCAGUCCAAGUUCCUUGCCAGCUAACACCAAGAGAAAAAUCCUGAGGAAUAUUGUAGCCUUUUUGUUCCUCUGCAACAUUUCGCUUUGGAUCCCACCUGCCUUUGGAUGCAGGCCUGAAUAUGACAACGGAUUAGAAGAAAUUGUUUUUGGAUUUGAACCUUGGAUAAUCGUGGUUAACCUUGCAAUGCCUUUUUCUAUUUUCUACCGGAUGCAUUCAGCUGCCUCUCUGUUUGAGGUCUAUUGUAAGUUGUAGACUCCUCGGUAUCCAUGAAUGGAUGGACAAAUAAACAA